AUAAUGGCUGACUUUGACAUGGUGCUGAAGUGCUGGGGUCCAGUGGAGGCGGACUACGCAACCCACGGGGGGCUGGUGCUGACCCGUUUAUUCACAGAGCACCCAGAAACCCUGAAGUUAUUCCCCAAGUUUGCUGGCAUCGCCCAUGGGGACCUGGCCGGGGAUGCAGGUGUUUCUGCCCACGGUGCCACAGUGCUGAAUAAACUGGGUGAUCUGCUGAAGGCCAGAGGCGCCCACGCUGCCCUCCUCAAACCUCUGUCCAGCAGCCACGCCACCAAGCACAAGAUCCCCAUUAUUAACUUCAAGCUGAUUGCAGAGGUCAUUGGUAAAGUCAUGGAGGAGAAGGCGGGACUGGAUGCCGCCGGGCAGACUGCCCUGAGGAACGUGAUGGCCGUCAUCAUCGCUGACAUGGAGGCCGACUACAAAGAGCUGGGCUUCACUGAAUGAAGAUCAGAUUCACAAAGUGUUGCUGUAGACAGACAGGAAAAAUGUACCACAUGCAAAAUAAAAUGAUAAAAAUGG